ACAGUUUUCCGGAUUAGUUUGCUCACUCAUCCAUCAAAGGGAGUUGUUUGUGAUUCCUACCUUCGCCACUUCACUCACGCUUGACGGCUCUCCUUUUUUUUUUCCUUCGAACCAAACAAUCCACUCUACUCUUCCGGAAAAAAAGAACACGACAGAAAUGACCGACAACAUCGACUUGGAAUCCCUUCCCAAGGGUGGCGGAAAGGAAAUUUCCCACUUCUCAUGGAAGGGACUCACGGUCACGGUUAAAGAUUCCAAGACUAAGGAAGCGUUGAAUAUUUUGAAGGAUGUUGAGGGGUCUGCUCAGCCAGGUAUUCCUCCUUCCAUUGUUCUACCGUGGAGCCCUUACACCCACCGGAUCACCCAUAUAUAGGUUUGUUAACGUCUGGUUACGCAAAUAGGCGACAUGGUGGCCCUAAUGGGCCCUAGCGGAUCCGGGAAAACUACCCUCCUAAACGUUCUCGCAAAGAGACCCGCUGCCGCAAGUGCUUCCGUGAAGGGUCAAGUCCACCUGGACAAUGCUCCGCUCCAAGCGAAGACUCUUCGGGAGAUUAGCACUUAUGUUGAGCAAGAGGAUGCACUGAUUGGUACUCCCCCCCCCUCUCUUCCCAUCUGCAUUUCUAACAGGAUACCCACAUAGGUAGCUUAACGGUCCAAGAGACUAUCGAAUUCGCAGCCCGCCUCUCGGGAGCCGAGCGUCACGGUGGCCGGGUAUCGGAGUUGAUCAGAGCAUUCGGAUUGGCGAAGCAGGCGCAUGCAAAGAUUGGCACCCCGGUCGCCAAGGGUAUCUCCGGAGGUCAGAAGAGGAGGGUUAGUAUUGCUUCGCAGUUGAUCACUCGACCGAAGAUUUUGUUCUUGGAUGAGCCGGUAUGUCUUAUCACCAAUUCUACUGUUUCUUUAGACAGGACGGUGACGCUAAUAGGGGGUGUGUAGACUAGUGGGUUGGACUCGAAGGCGGCAUACGAGGUCAUGUACAGGAUUCAGCAGGUUGCACGAGAUGAGAACGUGAAUUUCCCUCUUCACGCCCUCAGGUACUAAGAAGAAUCUAACAACAAUCAAGAUGAUCGUCAUCGCCUCCAUCCACCAACCCACAGCGACGACAUUCAACCUCUUCUCGCAACUGGUUCUUCUCUCCUCCGGCAGGCUAGUCUACUCGGGCCCGACCGACCAAGUGGUCUCAUAUUUCUCCACCCAAGGCGUGCCGAUCCCACCGUUGACCAACCCGGCGGAAUUCCUGCUGGACGUGUGCAACACAGAUUUCGACAGCAGCGCGGUGGAGGUUGGCGUGGAGGAGAAUCGGAUAGCAAGACUUGAUCGACUAAUGGAGGCUUGGUCUCCCAAGGGCCCAGCUACAGAAAUCUCUUCGGCUCCCUUCGCGGAUUCAGAGGGGGCGAUGAGUACUUCUGGAGCUCCCACGGGCGUGCUCCGACAGACAUUUGUGUUGUUGCAGAGGCUUUGGUUGAAGAGUUAUAGGGAUUUACUGGCCUAUUGGAUUAGGGUUAUUAUGUAUCUUGGUAUGUCCAUAGACGCUCACUCGAAGGCACUCCCGAACUGAGUGCCUUUGCUUCUGGGUUUUACUGAUAGUGUGGAACAGGUCUAGCCUUCAUGAUGGGCACAGUCUGGCUCCGUCUCGGGCGAGAACAGGAUAACAUCCAACCUUUCAUUAAUGCUAUAUUCUUCUCCGGUGCGUUCAUGUCGUUCAUGGCCGUAGCCUACAUCCCGGCGUACCUAGAGGACCACGAGAGCUUCCGCAAGGACCGCGCGAAUGGAUUGUACGGUCCUACGGCGUUUCUGUUGUCGAAUUUUCUGAUAGGGAUUCCCUUCAUUUGUAACCUUCCCCCCUAUUUUCACUCCCCCCCCCUCCACCCCUAAGAUUUCUGUUAUGCUGACCAUUAAACAGUCUUGAUAGCCUUGCUCUUCUCCCUUGUCACAGUCUUUCUCUGCGGCUUCCGCCAAUCGCCCGAACACUUCUUCCGCUACGUCAUGUGGCUAUUCCUCGACCUUCUCGCGGCCGAGUCCCUCGUUGUGCUAAUCUCCAGUCUCAUCCCCGUCUUCGUCGCCGCACUCGCGAUAACCGCCUUCGCGAACGGCCUCUGGAUGUGCGUUAGUGGCUUCCUCGUCUCGCCCAGGGUGCUGAAUAACUUUUGGUACUAUACUUUCCACUGGAUUGAUUACCAAAGAUACGUUUUCCAGGGGAUGAUGUUUAACGAAUUUGACGGGAGGGUGUAUGAUUGCACGAGGGUUGGAGAUGAGUGUCAAUGCAUGUAUCCGAGUGAGUUGAGUGAUCAGUGCAAGAUUGAGGGACGGGGGGUGUUGACGGCGCUUGGGUAUGGGAAAAAGGAUAUCGGGCUUUGGAUUGGAGUGUUGAUUGCUGUGAUUGUGGGGAUGAGAGGGCUGGCGUGGGUUACUCUGAAGCUUAAGAGGAACUGAUUUGCUGGUUGGGGAUGGGGUUAGUUCGGGGGUUUUAUUCCUUUGUUUAGUCUUUUUUUUUUUUCAUUUGCUCUACCCAAAUUUCUCAAUCCCCUAGCUCAUACCUUUUGCUCAAAUAUCCUUCCUUUAGCAAUAAUUCACACGAAAUACAAUAGUCUACCAUGGUG